AGAAGAAAGGAAGAAAACAAAACUGCGGGGAGCGGACAGCGGAGUAGUAUAAGGUUGGCGGGUUCGUGCCGCGUCUCGCCACCCCUUCGCCUCGAUUUUGCCGGCCGAGCGUUUACUUCCUUCGUGUAUUCUUCUUCUUCUGCUCCUCGAUCUCGAGGGAGAGGUGGCCUCGGGGGCAUCCAUGUUUUGACCUCGCUCAAGUCGCCGCCUCACCUCCUUGGCUCCGUGAUCCAGAUCCAAGGUGGAAUUCUCGAUUGAUUGGUCAUAACGAGUUGUGGCCAUAAUGCUCCCCAAGAUUCUGUCCGACAGGUGGAUCUCGGCUUCCCUGCUCCUCCUUCUCCUGAGCCUGUACCCCAAUGUCGAGGCCUUCUACCUCCCUGGCACCUUCAUGCACACCUAUGACCCCGGGGAGGCAAUCUCGGCUAAGGUCAACUCACUCACAUCCAUUGAGACUGAGCUUCCCUUUAGCUAUUAUAGCCUUCCCUACUGCAAGCCCCCAGAAGGUGUAAAGAAAAGCGCCGAGAACCUCGGCGAGAUCCUCAUGGGUGACCAGAUUGACAACUCGCCAUACCGUUUCCGUGUCAACAUCGAUGAGUCCGUGUACCUUUGCACCACUGACCCACUCACCAAAGAGCAGGCUGAGCUGUUAAAGAAUCGGGCGCGGAAUCUGUACCAGGUCAACAUGAUCCUUGACAAUCUGCCUGUCAUGAGGUUCACCGAGCAGAAUGGGAUGAUGAUCCAGUGGACUGGAUACCCAGUUGGGUACAACCCGAUGGGAAGUAAUGAUGAUUAUGUCAUUAACCAUCUCAAGUUCAGGGUUUUGGUCCAUAAGUACCAGGCGCAAGGCGAUGUUGUAGUCACAAGUGAGGAUGGUGUUGCAAUGGUUGAGUCUGAUCGCAAGAGCGGCUUCCAGAUUGUUGGUUUUGAGGUUGUUCCUUGCAGUGUUAGACGUGAUCCUGCAGCGAUGACCAAGCUCAAGAUGUAUGAGAAGGUUGACCCUGUGAACUGCCCAUUGGAGCUCGAGAAAUCUCAGGUGAUUCGUGAAAAUGAGCGGAUUACAUUUACCUAUGAGGUUGAAUAUGUCAAGAGCAACAUCAAGUGGCCAUCAAGGUGGGAUGCAUACUUGAAGAUGGAUGGUGCCAAGGUGCACUGGUUCUCAAUCAUGAACUCAAUGAUGGUCGUCUUCUUCUUGGCUGGUAUUGUGUUUGUCAUAUUCUUGAGGACUGUGCGUAGGGAUCUGACGCGCUAUGAAGAGAUGGACAAGGAAGCUCAAGCUCAGAUGAAUGAGGAGCUCUCAGGAUGGAAACUUGUUGUUGGUGAUGUCUUCAGAGAGCCCUGCUGCUCAAAGCUGUUGUGUGUUAUGGUUGCUGAUGGUAUCCAGAUCACCGGUAUGGCAAUUGUGACUAUCGUGUUUGCUGCUCUCGGUUUCCUGUCGCCUGCUUCCAGAGGAAUGCUCCUGACCGGAAUGAUCAUUCUCUACCUGUUCCUUGGGAUAAUUUCUGGAUAUGUUGGUGUCCGUGUCUGGAGGACUAUCAAACAAAGCUCAGAAGGGUGGAAGUCUGUUGCUUGGCUGACCUCCUGCUUCUUCCCUGGUGUUGUUUUUAUCAUCUUGACUGUCCUGAACUCCAUCCUGUGGGGUAAGAAGAGCACUGGCGCUUUACCCAUUUCACUCUUCUUCACCCUCUUGGCUCUGUGGUUCUGCAUCUCCGUGCCACUUACUCUUAUUGGAGGUUUGCUAGGGACACGUGCUGCAAGCAUAGAAUUUCCUGUCCGAACCAACCAAAUUCCACGAGAGAUCCCUGAGCGCAAGUUCCCUUCAUGGCUGCUUGUGCUUGGUGCGGGAACGUUGCCUUUCGGUACCCUUUUCAUUGAGCUCUUCUUCAUCCUUUCUAGCAUUUGGCUGGGCAGGUUCUACUAUGUCUUUGGCUUCCUGUUCAUUGUCCUUUUCCUGUUGGUCAUAGUCUGUGGUGAGGUUUCUCUGGUCCUCACCUACAUGCAUCUUUGCGUGGAGGACUGGAAAUGGUGGUGGAAAGCCUUCUUUGCUUCUGGUUCCGUUGCUUUCUACGUCUUCCUAUACUCAAUCAACUACCUUGUGUUCGACCUUAGGAGCCUGAGCGGGCCAGUCUCAGCGACACUCUACCUUGGCUACUCCCUGAUCAUGGCUCUUGCCAUCAUGCUAUCUACUGGUGCCAUUGGCUUCUUGCUCUCGUUCUACUUCGUCCAUUACCUGUUCUCAUCUGUUAAGAUUGACUAGAGGUGCCUAUCCCCUCCUGCUGCAAUAGUCACCUGAUCCCGGUGAUAGUUAUCCCGUAGAAACACAACACAAAUAAUAUCAAACUGAAAGAAAAAUGGAAACAUGGCAAUUUCCAUGGCUUAGCACAGAUACUCCAGUUUUUCUUAGACAUACUAUUUGUAAUGCUUCAGCUAUGCCUUCUUGCCUUUUUGUAAUACUAUUAUGUUUUGCUUGCUCUGGGCAUUUGUGAGCAGCCUUUUUAUUGUUGGGACACAAUUAAAUAUGAAACAGGCCAAUUCGAUUACAGGUUUUUUGUGACCCCUCAUGAGGUUUUACUGCUGGUCAGAUCUUUGUAAUGAAUUAUAAUCCCUACUUGAUGCUAUUUUUUU